CCUUCCGGCCACGGACAAGAACAUCGGUUUGCGGGGCGUCACAGCAACGUUGGCCCACCGGGGACAACCACGUCGUCCGCCAACCACGAGAAACAGAGAAAUUCUGUGUGCUACCGGAACAGACAUUGUACGAUUUCAACAUCAGAAACAACUGAAAGAUUAGCCUGACAAAUUCUGUCUGUCUAGAUGAACUUCAUUCGAUGAAGACUUGUGUCAGUGCACAAAGUCAUAUUUCACAAAUUAAUAUAGUAAUUGGUCGUAUGUUGCCUAAGACCCAUCAUUUGUAGUCUGCAGCUGAUGUUUCACCAUGUUUUGCCUCCUUUGCAUGCAAUCAUGGGGGCAGGCAGGACGAAGCUGUUCAUACAAUUAAGUGGGAAAGUUACCUAUGCAUUGUCAAAAUUCCUUUCUUUGAAUUGAAUGUCAACAUGGCAUCUGGCGGCUCCCACUCUAUUCAUGUAAACUGCCGAAACGAGAUUAAGGAAGAACCAAUAACAAUUUCAAGGCUCACACUGAGUGAAGAAAAUCAGGUAGGAGAUGCUGCUGAGUCAAAGGUUGCUAACAUAGACAGUUUCAAGUUUCGUGAUCUUCAAACCAGCACCAAGCUGGUCCAUGGAGACAAUGCUGACAGUGACAUGCUAUAUGAGAACAAUGGCUCUCAGGGUAGUGAAAGCAAAGAUGAAGAUAAGCAUGACUUCCCUGGAUGUCAAAAGGAAGCUCUAGCCACCAAAAUUCAAAACGGCAGCAGCUUUGGUCUGCAAAGUGGCAAUCCAACCAGAGAAGGUAACAAAACGGCACUGUGUAGUAUGGAAAAUCGAACAUCUGACACCGACUCGUGCACAUCACCAAAAGAGGUCAUCAACCAAACUGAAAAAGAUCAUGGGGACGUAACUGACACUGACCAAAUUGCUGAUGGUACUCCAAUGGCACCCCAUGGCAAUGUUGAACGACAGGAAGACACACGUGACAAUGGAGACCUUCAAAAAACUCCAUGCAGCCAGUUAGCCGUAGACCUAUUCCAGGAUGGUAGUGGGGGAAGUAAAACCUAUCAGGGUCAGCUGAUCGUAAAGCAUCCAUCAACGCAUGCAUUUCAUAUCAAAGAUGGUGGUACCAUUCAGAUUGAUGAAGCAUGUAAAGUCAUUGUUCAAGAGAAGAUGAAAGUAAAAAAUUCAUCUGGAGUGCAACUGGGGAGAGACAAUAUUGUACUUCGUCGGCAAACAUCAAACAACACAGGAGACACCGACGCAUUGUCGACUGCUGCUUCAGAAUCCCCCAUCCAUUCCAGCAACAAAGAAAAGCAAUUCUCUGGCAGCACUAUUCGGGUGGGAGAGGCUGAUACUAUACAUGUGUACAGGGAAUUUGAGUUUGAAAAUUGUCACGGGAUGCAGUUUGGAGACGACAACGUGACUAAGAUGGUGGAUCCUGAGGAUUCAACAGAGUCAAACCCUGAUUUAGUAAAUGUCUGCCUGGAUCUUGACAUAGAUGACCGUGAUGAAGAUGACAUGUUUAAGAAGCUGGGAAACGAAGAUUGCCGUCGAGAAUUCUGCAGAAGACUGGCAUCGCGGGGUGGAGCAAAUUGUGAACUUGAGGAAGCUACCAGGGGCUGCAUUUUGUUGAAAAUGAAAGUACCAACCGAGCAAGAUCGGCUUCGACUUAUCCAAAUGGCCAAGGAUGGAACCUUCAAGGACAUCUUUCUGGAAACAUUCUUGCCAGAUUAUGCGAAGCGUGGAAAGAACGUGCGUGUAAACCUCGCCAUCGCAGUAACAAAUCCAUCCCAAGCAAUUGUCGAUGAAAUGAAAGCGCCAUCAAAUGGUCACAAGGAUGUUGUCAUUGUGGAGGUUGGGGGUCAUCCAAGUACACCUGGAAUCUUGCGCACUGUGUCUGCAUCGCCCCUGUCAGCAUCACCCGAAGAAAUAGAUGACCAAGGUGCAUCACAGUCCGGGGAAAACAUGGACUCACAUAAAGACCCAGAUGAGCACCUGCAGGAAGAGGAGGACUACCUGCAGGUGCUGGUGGACGGUCCCAGAGUAACACCUGUUGGAGCAGAAGCUGCUGAGGAUGUAGGAGCGUUCCGAGAGAAGCCACUGCCACCUACCCCAACCUCCAAGAUGGCAUCACCCUCGAAGGGUUGGUAUGGACAAGAGGGGCCUGCGAGACCACCUGUUCCCCUGCUCAAGGAAGGCACAAGGAGCCCCAAAAAAGCCCUGGUCUCUGCCUACAUGAAAGGUGUUUCUACCUUGCCCCCACAUCAUACUGAAUCAAAGGGCAAAGUGCCGUCUCCUCCCUGGAAAGAACUGAAAGGACCUGGUGUGAAAAAAGCCAGUGAACCCAUCGACGUCACCAGUCCAGGCCGGACAUCCGGGAGAAUGGUGUGGCAAAGAAAGACUGGAGAAGGGAACGCAAGAGACGCAAAGAACGAGAAGAAAGAAAGGUCGGGCAUGGCCAGAGCUCUUGGUGCAGAAAUGACCCAAAAAUUUGGGGGUAACUGGCAAGCAGCAGCAGCAGUUUGCAGGGGUAACUGGCAAACAGCCAAACCCAGAACUCCAGAUAAACCAGUUCCUGCAGUGAAACCUGGCUUUCAUCCAAAGCCGGGCCUUACACCCAAACCAGGAGCAUCCCCAAAGCCAGGAUUGGCACGAAAGCCAGGACAUCCUUCUCGGCAAGGCAUGAAACCCCUGGUACGACCACGCAAGCCACAGGUUAAAGUUCAAGAGAUCAUGGAGGAAAUUUAUGAAUAUGAGGAGGAUGAGGAGGUUUCUGUAAACAACCAAGGAAUCAGGAGGACACCCCCUGAGGGCAGCAGCUUUUCGAAGAACUUAAAUGAAGAUCCUGAAAGUGAAAUUGAUGAUGUUAUGCCAGCAGUUGUAUCCGAAGAUGUUGAUGUAGAGAAAGCAGAAAGCUGUUUGAGGUCCAGCCAGGUGAAUGGAAAGUAUUUUCUCAGGCCAAGCAAACAGGACAAAGGGAAAAUGGUUCUUGUAGUGUAUGAUCGUGCUGGCCAGAAGUACCGGAAAUUCAAGAUGUAUGGAUUGGGUUAUCAGCUGUACCUGCAUAAGGGUGCACCAACGUUCUUGUCCAUGUCUGACUUACUGAGACACUACCAGUACCACAACCUGCCUGUGAAAGACGGAGUGGAGAUCAGGCUGACGGAGCCAUACCAAGGACAUUAGCAACAAGGUCAUAUCCAUGGAAACUAUCGUCUGCUUCAGUGGAUAUUUGGUUACUAUAAAUUAUCUUUUCAUCCUUUUGCCUCAACCCAUAUAGUUGGGAUUAAUAUACCACUUGCUAGCUAGUAUAGAACUACAAAUCAUUGAUAACUAAAGAAUAAUCUGUAAAGAUGAACAUUAGGGGCAUGUUUUCUGUAGGCAAUGUUGAUUCCAUCCUUUUUCAGGGUGAGGAUGGUGCUAUGGACCAAUAUGGCAGUAUGUAGGUAACUUGAAAUCUUAAAAAUGAUUUUACAGAUUACACAUUGAGUAAUAGAAUUUUCUUCAGGAGAAUACUAGAGGGCGUUCUACGUAGUGGAAAUACAAGUAAUUAUAGUAGGUAUUCCACAAUCGUAAUGUUUGUUGAUGACCUAUAUGAAUCUGCAACACAUGUAGGAAACAUGUUAAACGAAUAGGAAGAAUUAUUGUUGCUUUAUUUUAUUUCAAAGAAGGAAAAGCCAAUACAGGUGAAAAGUGGAUACAUACAAAUGUUUAAAGUGUAGCAUAACUAGUCUGAGGAUGGUUAUCGGUAUGUACAAUUGGUGAACAUAAUGCGUGAUGACCAUUGGGACUUGUUUGAAUCAUACUUGCUACAAAUGUCAGGUGAUGUAGUUUGGUUCCACUUUUAUAUGCAUAUAUAUGAGUGUUUUAGUACAUUGAAUCAUGGAAAGCACCAGGGGGAACAAUUUUUCUCUGGUCUGGUGUAUUGCACUGAAGGGCAGUUAUACAGGUUAUACAGAUACAGAUACAGACCUAAAGGUUGAGGGGAAAAUCUUAGGUUGUUUGGUACAAUUGGGUGUCUUACAUUUUGAAUGUAAUUGGGUAUGUGACCUUACUUCUAGGUGCAAUUCUGGUGUUAUGCUGGUGUAUAAACAUUUUCUAAACUUUUGAAAAUUUUGUGAAAAAUUUGAUUGUCAGAUAGAUAAAUGCGCUGUAUAGGUCUUCCACGGUGGAAUUGUAAGUCGUGGGCAAUCAUAUGGUAAAUGCGGUGUGAAUGGUGCGUUCAGCACCGAGGACAGGCCCCUUUAGCUGUGUGAAUGGUGCGUUCAGCACCGAGGACAGGCUCCCAUUAGCUGUGUGAAUGGUGCGUUCAGCACCGAGGACAGGCCCCCAUUAGCUGUGUGAAUGGUGCGUUCAGCACCGAGGACAGGCUCCCAUUAGCUGUGUGAACUGUGCGUUCAGCACCGAGGACAGGCCCCCAUUAGCUGUGUGAAUGGUGUGUUCAGCACCGAGGACAUGCCCCUUUAGCUGUGUGAAUGGUGUGUUCAGCAUCGAGGACAGGGGCCUUCAUCUGUGUGAAUGGUGUGUUCAGCACCAGUGACAAGGUCCUUCAGCGGUGUAAAUGGUGUGUUUAGCACCAAGGGAAGUGAAUGGUGAGUGAAUGGUGAGUGAAUGGUGCGUUUAGCACCAAGGACAGGGUUCUUCACCUGUGUGAAGGUUCAGCACCGAGGAAAGGGUCCUUCACCUGUGUGAAUGGUGUGUUCAGCAUCGAGGACAGGGUCCUUCAGCUGUGUGAAUGGUGUGUUCAGCAUCGAGGACAGGGUCCUUCAGC